UCGACGCCCUCUAAAACCUCUAAUAAACAACAAAAGUUUGUUAUGAUCAGUUUCUGAGACGAAAUUUUUAAUUAAUCUGCUAAUCCCGGCGAUUCUGUGUCAAUUGAAGAUCCUGAAAUAUUUUUAAUUUCAUAUCUGUAUGUUUAUUUAAAGUCAUUCAUAUUUUCUACAAAGAGAGGAAUUUUCCAAGGGUUUUCGAAUUUUCUUGGCCAAACCGACUGUAUUGAAAUUUUGGAGAUAUUCCAGCCCACCAAAAAAAUGGAGAAGCAAAUAAUGAAGGGAGCAUCUACGAGCAGCACAUCUUAUUCUUUCUCUUGGUCCAAUCUGAAGAGCCACAUUGUGGAAGAGGUUGGUGAGUUGCUGAGAGAAGAAAAGUUUGUUGAUGUGACCAUUCUCUGCGAACACCACUCGUUUCGAGCUCACAAAGUAAUCCUCAGCCUUGCAAGCCCACUUUUCGCCAGUCUUCUUAAAAACAAUCUAAGUGCGGAGCCAUGCAUCUCGUUGUCCGACGUUCCUUUGGCCCAUUUGACCUGGAUUCUGCAAUAUGUGUACUCAGGUCAGGCUUCCAUUCCCGAAGAGCAUUUCGACGGCUUCAUGGCCACUGCCACUCUUCUGCAAAUAACCUCCCUGUGCAACCACAAAGCAGAACCUGCAACGGAACUAAAAGCUGCCCUGCCUCUGAAGCGACCUGCUCAGUCGGAAGGGGUCAGUCGACCGAGAAAUAUACGCUUCAGCAAAAGAUCGGGAAGGAAGAGGGGAAAAAGAACGCCACCACCUGGGAAUAUUCCAAUCAUCAUAAGCACCGAGUCCGUCGAAGGAGGAUUGGGUGACUUUGGCUCAAGUUUCACCGAAACCUCGGAAAGCAUAGAAAACCCACCUCAGGUUUUUAUCAAGACGCAGGCAGUGCUGCAAGAGGUGGGCAAAGAUGGAUACUGUGACCUGAACCAGGAAGUCAUUACGAUUCAGACCGGAAAUGUCGAUGAAAUGUCUAUCGAUGAAGUCGUUGAAGUUGUGACUUCUGACGUACCUCCCAUCUCUGAGAAUUUUGAUGCAGACAAGGAAUCAAUUGGAGAAGUUACUAUUACAGAAACACAGGAAAAUCCGAUGAGACUCCUUUACACGCCAGUAAGAGCAUGCAUGAAACCUCAUCACUCGUUGGCGCCAAAAGCCUGCAGCAUGUGCGGCAAAGUGUACUCCAAUCAAUCCAAUUUGCGACAGCACAUAAGGUUGGUGCACUCGUCAAACACAAUGGUUAAUUGUCCUUUAUGCGGGAAAGACUUCAAGUCCGAGUUGUACAUGCGGCGGCACCUCAUUUGCGCUCAUAACGUCACUCCAGCAAAAAAGGAGCCCACAACGAAGGAAUCAAGAAGACUGAUGGAGUUGAAAGCAAGUCCUUUGAAAGUUGUGGAAAAUGACUUUGACCUGCAGCAGCAAGUGCCAUCCGAAAUGGACACUGCAGUUGAAAAUCUUGAGCAAAGUUCCGAACAAUCAAGCUAGCAUCGAAUUGAAGAGAUUAAGGUGGAGCACCAGACUUAACAAAGUGGAAAGACACUAGCUCAUGUGUGUUGUGCGUAUUUUAAAAUGUUUGAAAUGUCUGAUGUCACAUUUAAUGAGUUGAAUUACUGUAAAUAAUAUAUAUAUUUAUUUAAAGAACUGAAUGAUAAUAUCAUUUUUUGACUAUUUGUUGAAAUAACAUAUUUGAUUUUUUAUGUAGCAAAACUUCUGAAAAGCACAGGCUUAAAAUACAAUAAAAACGAGAGUUUUGCUGAAUAUU